CGGGAUCCUUAUGCCAGAGACCCCCGCUGCCCGCCUCCGUCCCCACCCAUUGCUCUGACUUUGCCAGGGGCCAUUCCAUAGCCCCUGCUGUGAUCCAGCCCAAUAGGCAGUCCCCAGGCUAUGUGUGUGGCUGGUGGGAGUAGUGCAGCAGGCGGGGAGGGUCGGGCACACGACUACUGAGUGAGAACUCAUCACCCACUUACACAGUACACACUCAUCAGCACACACCUUCCGAGCAGCCCCGCGGACUAGAGCAGGCGCCAGCCGGAGACAUGAGGGAGAUCGUGCACAUCCAGGCCGGCCAGUGCGGCAAUCAGAUCGGCACCAAGUUUUGGGAAGUGAUCAGUGAUGAGCAUGGCAUUGAUCCAGCAGGAAGCUAUGUCGGUGAUUCAGCUCUACAGCUUGAGAGGAUUAACGUGUACUACAAUGAAUCAUCCUCUCAGAAAUAUGUUCCCAGGGCAGUUCUGGUGGACCUGGAGCCAGGCACCAUGGAUAGUGUCAGAUCUGGCCCAUUUGGACAGCUCUUUAGACCAGACAACUUUAUUUUUGGACAAACUGGAGCAGGGAACAACUGGGCAAAGGGACAUUACACAGAAGGUGCAGAGCUGGUGGAUUCAGUGCUGGAUAUAGUCAGAAAGGAAUGUGAACAUUGUGACUGUCUCCAAGGAUUCCAACUUACUCACUCUCUCGGAGGGGGGACAGGUUCUGGUAUGGGCACACUACUCAUAAGUAAAAUAAGAGAAGAGUAUCCAGACAGGAUAAUGAACACAUUCAGUGUCAUGCCCUCACCUAAAGUUUCUGACACAGUUGUAGAGCCGUACAAUGCCACCUUGUCUGUUCACCAAUUAGUUGAAAACACAGAUGAAACGUACUGUAUUGACAAUGAAGCUUUGUAUGAUAUUUGCUUCCGUACCUUGAAACUCACCACACCUACCUAUGGAGAUCUCAACCACCUAGUAUCUUCUACAAUGAGUGGAGUAACCACUUCACUGCGGUUUCCAGGCCAACUAAAUGCGGAUCUUCGAAAGCUAGCUGUGAACAUGGUACCGUUCCCACGUCUUCAUUUCUUCAUGCCUGGGUUUGCACCACUAACUGCGAGGGGAAGCCAACAAUACAGAGCGCUCACUGUGCCUGAACUUACCCAGCAGAUGUUUGAUGCAAAGAACAUGAUGGCAGCCUGUGAUCCACGUCAUGGACGUUAUUUAACUGUGGCUACAGUCUUCAGAGGUCCAAUGUCUAUGAAGGAAGUAGAUGAGCAGAUGCUAGCAGUCCAAAACAAAAACAGCAGCUACUUUGUAGAGUGGAUCCCCAAUAAUGUCAAGGUGGCAGUGUGCGACAUUGCACCAAGGGGUCUGAAAAUGGCAUCCACAUUCAUUGGCAAUAGCACAGCCAUUCAGGAAAUAUUUAAGAGAAUCUCAGAACAGUUUUCUGCUAUGUUCAGAAGAAAGGCUUUCCUACACUGGUUUACUGGGGAAGGGAUGGACGAGAUGGAGUUCACAGAGGCUGAAAGCAACAUGAACGACCUGGUGUCAGAAUACCAACAGUAUCAAGAGGCUACAGCCAAUGAUGGUGACGAGACAUUUGAAGAAGAUGAAGAAGAAAUCCAUGAAUGAAACACAAUUACCUAUAAUAUUGAUCUUCUAAAACACAAUAGUAUAUUUGCCUAGUAACCAUUAACUGUGAAGGAGGCUGAUUAAAGUGUUGUAGCAUUAGAAUUGGUGAACAGAAAUAUUUACGUGGCCAAGUUUUCCUGAUCAGGGAACACAAUUGGCACUGUAGCUUAACGCUACAUUCAGAAAGGUUAAGCUACGUUUUAUUACCUUCUGUAUUUAAUGCAUAUACACUGAUGAGCUUUGCAUAAGUGAUCUGGUUUAAUAAAAAAAUAAAAAA